CACAUACAGUUUUCUUAUUGCCCAUAGCUAAUUUUACUACAACUCUCUGUUUAGGCCGAUCAACAUCCUUUGUUUGAGUAGCUAAGAUUUCGUCUAACAGAUCAUCCUCUAAAUUUUUAACUGCUCUAGGAAGUUUACCAGUUUGUGAUCUUGUUAUAGGUUCUGAUUUAGGUUUUAUUAAUGGAGUCUGUGGUUUAUACGAUUUUGAAAUUGAUGUGGUAUUUCGUGUAGCUGGAAAAACACGAGCUUGUGUUGUCUAG